GUUGUUUUUUUUUCCUGUUGGCUAUCGUGUUUAUCGAGUAUUGCGCGACGCGACGGUUCCUAAUUUCACUCGAAUGAGUGUUAUCUUUCCGCUGCUUUGUUACGAAUUUUUGUCCACCAAUUGUAUUGUUUCAGUAGUUGUAGAAUAAACGAGUCGUCUGCAUUCUCCACAAGGAGAGUUCGUGUUCAUACACUUUGGGUAAACUUUAUCGUCACAUAAUGAAAUCGUUCGUAUUGGCCGCAACGGCGAUCAUCCUGCUCGCCGGUAUCGCCGCUGCCCACGAAGAAGACGUCCACACGGUCCAAUACAACGUGGACAACUUCGAAGAUGAGGUUGUCAAAAACAAUCACUUCGUCAUGUUCUACGCCCCUUGGUGCGGACAUUGCAAACGUUUGGGACCAACGUGGGAGGAAUUAGCUGAGAUGCUGAACACGGAAGGCAGCAACGUACGCAUCGCCAAAGUCGACUGCACCACCGAUGGGGACGUCUGCAAUGCCAACGACGUGACCGGAUAUCCGACCCUGAAGUUCUUCAAGAUCGGUGAAAAGGAGGGAACAAAGUUCAGGGGAACCAGAGAUUUACCCUCACUGACGACUUUCAUCAACGAGCAGAUUAAUAUGGAAGGUCAUGGGGAUGAAGUGCCAAUUCCAAAGAACUCUGGUGGACUGACUGAGCUCACCGAAGAUAACUUUGAGAAAUUCGUCCAGAGUGGUAAACACUUUAUCAAAUUCUAUGCACCUUGGUGUGGACAUUGCCAGAAAUUGGCGCCAGUUUGGGAACAAUUAGCUAAGGAUAUUGAUGCCGAAGGUGUGGUGAGGAUUUCGAAAAUUGACUGCACGCAGUACCGUUCGAAUUGCAAUAUGUUCGACAUCAAGGGAUACCCAUCGCUGCUCUGGAUUGAAGAUGGAAAGAAGGUGGAAAAGUAUCAGGGAAGCAGGGGUUUGGAAGAGCUGAAGGAUUACGUUAACAAGAUGGUCGGCACGAAAAGCACUUCGAGCGAUGAUAUUAAGGAGGAGGAUAAGGAGGAACCCAGCAGCGUCAUGCUCUUGAACGGCGACGAUUUCCAGCACGGCAUCGAAUCCGGCAUCAGCUUCGUCAAGUUCUACGCCCCAUGGUGCGGACAUUGCAAGCGACUGGCGCCGACGUGGGAGGAACUCGGCAAGAAGUUCAUCGGUAAUCCGGAGGUGGACAUCGUUAAAGUGGAUUGCACCCUGGAGGUGAACAAGCAGCUUUGCAACGACCAAGAGGUCGAGGGAUUCCCGACAGUGUUCCUAUACAAAGACGGCAAGAAGAUCUCGGAGUACAACGGUAACAGGAGUUUAGAAGAUUUGUUCGAUUUCAUCAAGAAGCAUAUGGUCGAGCACGACGAGUUGUAAAAUGAGGAGCCGCCGAGGUUGUAGUUCAUUAUUACUUCUUUUUUUUUACAGAGUGUGCAGUUUUGUUGUUAUACUCAUUCCACACGCAUUGUUCUCAAUAUCUGUUUACUACUUUGUUCGUGUAUACUUUUGUUUAGUCGAAUUAUGUGUGCGUUUGUUUUCGCAUUUAUACCGUUUCUGCAGAAUAGAACUUACUGUACGACUUUUUAAA